CAUUGCAUAGAUUUGAUGUUAGAAGAUUUUGAGAAGGAAAUACAAGUUCAUCGUGUUACAAUUGGUAAAGGAAAAAAGAUUGUGGCAUACAUUUAUUUAAGAACCAAUCUUAUUCAUUGGAUGAAGGAGUUUACAAAAGACAUUGAACUUAUACGGCCUGCGGUAACUCGGUUUGCUACCUCUUACUUGACAUUGAGACGUCUUCAUGAGCAAAAAGGUGCAUGGUUCUCUCUAUUUACAUCAAACAAGUGGAGGAAUAGUAGAUUUGCGAAGUCUGAAAAGGGGGAAAAAAUUGAAAAUAUUGUUUUGGACAAUCGAUAUUUUUUGAAGGGUGUUUCUACCUGCUUGAAGGCUGCAGUACCUCUCAUUAAGGUACUUAGGUUGGUGGAUUCGGAUGAGCAUCCGGCAAUGGGAUUCAUUUAUGAAGCAAUGGAUCGUGCGAAAGAGGAAAUUCAAAAGAAUUUCAAUAAUGUCCUAAGAUGCUAUGAUCCUAUAUGGGCCAUCAUUGAUAGAAGAUGGGAAACCCAACUCCAUCACCCAUUGCAUGCUGCAGCAUACUUGUUGAACCCUCAGCUUCAUUAUAGUCCCAAUUUUCAAGCUGAUGCAGAGAUUAAAAUUGGGUUGUACAAAUGUCUUGAAAAAAUGGUUCCUGACACUAAUGAGAGGGUGAAGAUAGAUUUGCAAAUUGAUGCAUUCAAGAAUGCAAGAGGACUCUUUGGUAUACAAAAUGCAAUCUUGACUAGAAAAAAGAAAUCUCCAGGGGAUUGGUGGGACUCUUUUGGUGAUGAAUGUCCUGGGUUGAAGAGGUUUGCAAUUAGGGUAUUAAGUCUAACAUGCAGUUCAUCGGGGUGUGAGCGCAAUUGGAGUGCUUUUGAGAUGGUACACUCAAAGCGGAGGAAUCGUUUACACCAAAAGAGAAUGAAUGACUUUGUCUUUGUCAUGUACAAUUUGAAACUGAGACAAAGGCACAAGAAUAGACAAGCAAUCACGAAUCCAUUAUGUUUGCAUGAUGUUCCAUCAGACGAUGAGUGGAUAACAGAGAGAGAGAAGCCGACUCUUCCAAGAGAAGGAAAUUGGUUGAGUGUGCUUGAUAGGAAUGCUCGACAUGGAUGUCAUUCAGAAGACGAGGAGGUAGAUGCUCUUGCAGGGGAUUUGGAACAAGCAUGUAAGUCUAGGUACAUGAUACAUCUUUUAGUUUUAAUUAGAAGUUGCAAUUUGGAUUUAAUUUGGAUUUUUUUUUUUACUCUAACUUAGGCCGUGACCAUAUUGGAGAAAAUGUCGAUAAAAUUCAUGAAGUAAGUGAUGAUGAUGAUAUGGAUGACAACA